AGGAAAAAAUCUCAGUAAAAGCAUUAAUCGAUACAAUAUCUAAAUCCAAUACUAUUAGCAAGUGCUUGUAUAAUAAGCUUGAAGAAGAUUAUGGGUUAGAAGAUGGUACCGAAAUGUAUAAAGCAAAAAUUAGCUUUGGACAUUCUCCCAAAACCUAUGAUAGCUAUGCUAGAAUUGUAAUAGAUAGUAUGAGUAUCCCAUUAAUCAAAGAAAAUAGUAAUAAAGACAGCUCCAAGAAAAAUAACUCACCCAAUUCCAAUCCAUCUCCGAAAGAUAUUGAGGACAUAAUUAGAUUUAUAAUUCAUGCUGUAGAAAAGGGUACUUCACACCAUAUUAUUUCUGAUUCCUACAAAUAUCAACACUGUCAUACUAGUUUACAUAGAAAGAAGAAAAAAAAUAGAAAAGCUAAG